GCAGGACGUAUUUGUAGUGGGGAGCAGCUUGCCCAACCCAUUCUCAGUGCGAGGACUUGAGGAGAGAAGCGCUGUACACACCGCGCCUGCUCUGGUCGGCUCCUCCGACAGUGCGCAGCCUAUAUUCAGUCCCAACAAGAGACACCUUCAACCAGGUCGCGGACUCUACCUCGGCCACCGCCGAGGCCGUUCUAACAGGACGUGCUUCGAAGAGCGAAUCAUAGAAUAUAGGAACAACGAAGCCAAUAUCUUGCCAAGGAAAAGGUUGACAUCACGUGUGAAUGAUUUGAAGAGGCAGAGGGGAAUAAACAAACGGAGCAGAUGAAGAUGUAAACAUUACCAUGUCCUGUCUCCAUCGCCACCACCACAUACGUUUAGCUUCCCCUUCCUUUUCUGCACAGACGCAGAAUGCGUGGCAUUAUUGAUUAAAAGGGAAGAGGAAGAGGAAUCCAAUGUGGACGGGAGGAGAGGAGGCACUCGCAACACUGACAGUCACAUCAAUUUAGUAGCGGCCCUUCAGAGGAUAACUGUUCAUAUUUGAAGGACAGAAAUGAAGUCGUCUCCAGGAUAGCGCUGUGAGCGAGUGCAUCCGACCAGCAGUUUGCUGGCGAUCUGCGCGACUGCUGCUCCCCUUAUUUGCGGCCAUGCUGCGGGAAUCAUCCUCCGAGCUCUUCCCGACUUGAGGAGCUUUUACCAGCCGAUUGUUAAAACAGUGCAGUCGUUAAAAUGAUUUCGUUGUCUAGAAGACGGAUAACCCCGAGGCUUUUUUGCAACGUUUGUUUCAUAUUUUGCGAAAGAAACCUGCGCAGGGAUAGCUGAUCAUAUUUCACUUAGCUCUUUAGCUCUGACAAUUGUAUCCUAACAAAAUUCUGUGGAAAACAUUUAAUUAUUUAUAGGCUAUGUUCCGCGAAUUGCAUAACAAAAGUUUUGGGUUGUGUCCCGGGUUGAGUGCGUGUCUGUUUGUGUUUAUAGUAGCACACGUAGCAGCCAAUUCGCUCAAGCUUAUUGUGCGAAUUAGACAUUUUAUUCAAAUCUGAACGCAUGUGUUGGAGGUUGUUUCCCCAACUGGCAUUGCACUCUUAACAGCUGGACAGUGCACCAUUCACUAGAGGACAGGUGUGUUGUCCAUGGGGAACGAACCCAGAGGUCCUACCCACUUUAAGGCCUCUUGACUUCGUGUACAAGGUUUUAAUGUUUAGUUAAAAAGACAAAUAUUUGCCUGGGGGGGAGCAAGUAAUUUCUUACAGCAGAUUCUAACAUCCAAACAUGGGCACCAAACAGACCAAAGGUGUUGGGGGCCAAGAGGCUGGGCCCAGCCCACAGCAUGGGUGGAAACGGACCCCUACCAAGGAGAGGGGUGACCUCUUCACCUCCUUCAUGUUGAGGUCAGGGGACCGGCUGAGUCGUGGAGGGUCCCCUCCGCCCUACCAGCGCCGGAUAGGCAUGAUCCAGGAGAUGAUGCUGAUGGCCAAGCAAGGAAAACAGGACAAGGCCACAGAGAUGCUGCAGACACUCCGGCAGGACUUGGGGAUGGAGUCCACGUCCCUGGAUGACGUGCUGUACCGCUACGCCAGCUUCAGGAACCUGGUGGACCCCAUCACCCACGACCUCGUCAUCAGCCUGGCCAGAUACAUCCAGUGCCCCCCCAAGACAGGCCCGGGGGAGGAUUCUCUGGGUGCCAUGGAGAAGGUGUGUCGCCAGCUGACCUAUCACCUGAGCCCACACUCACAGUGGAGACGGCAGGGCAUACUGAAGAGGAAGCCGCAGGCAUGUCUCAAGGUGAUGCUGUCGACGCCUCCCCCUAACGGGGCGCUGGACCUUUCGGGCAUCCCCCUGACGGUGCGUGACAUGGAGCGCCUGUGUGCCUACCUGCAGCGCCACGCGCCUAUCAUCUGCAGCCUGGAGCUGGGCUUCACCGAGCUCACCGACGACGCCUUCCUCCUCCUCCUGCCCACGCUGGGUGCGCUGCCCCGGCUGGAGACCCUGGCCCUCAACGGCAACCGGCUGACCCGUGCCGUCCUCAAGGAGCUGACGGACAGCCUGAAGGACCCGGCCAGCUUCCCCAGUGUCACGUGGAUCGACCUGGGCAACAACGUGGACAUCUUCUCCCUGCCCCAGCCCUUCCUGGUGAGUCUGAGGAAGCGCUGUCCCAAGCAGGGCAACCUGCCCACCAUCCUGGAGUUUGGUGAGAGCCAGGCCAGCGAGCCCGAGGGGAGGGUGGGGGAUGAUGACGAUGACAGGGAUGACAUCAACAGGACAGAGAGCAUGGAUGAGCUGAGGUCGGAGGUGGAGGGGGAGAUGGACGGAGAGACGGAGAUUGAGGAGAUGAUGGAAGAGUUGUUGGACUUUGACCUGGAGGUGCAGGGGAAGGAGGACGAGAUCGAGGACAGCAUGUGGACAAUGGAGGAGCAGAGGAGGGAGGAGACACGGGGGCAGGGAAUUAAGAAGAUGGUGGAGAGGGCAGAGCUCGAGGAGGAAGACACACAGAGUCAGUCUUCCCACUUGUUGUGCUCCAGCCAAUCGCAGCAUUCUUCUGGAGCGGUUGAACUGAUGAAGGAGGAAGAAGGAGAGGAGGGGACUGAUCACUUAGACCCCCUGACCUGAGCAAGAACCCCGGUCCACUCUGCUUGGAACUUCCCCUCCCAUGUUUUGUCUAGAAUGAGAAGAGAGCAGUACCAGCAAGCAGUGAACGUUCGUAUAACGUUAGAUAACGUUCUUGGAAUGCAUAGGUAACCGGAAAUUGUUUCCUGGGUUGGACAUCUGGGGGAGGGGCUCUGUCAUCUCAACUGACUGGAAUGGUUCCGGAAUAACCAACCGAUCUGGGUGAACUGUUCGUCCACAGAUGCACAGUUUAGGGAGAUGACAAUCCAGGUUGAAAGCGGACGUUUGUGAUAACUCUUAUUGUUGUUUCAUUAUGAAUUAGGAUUCUAAACCUCUGUAGUAAAGAGUAAUAGAUAUAUUAUAUAUCAAAUGUAGAAAACAAAUAAACAUUUUCUAAUGUA